UAGCCAUGUCAACAAAGCCUCUAUGCUUAGCUUUUUUUAUUUAUUUAAUCAAAAAAGUUAAGUUACCGACUGCAGACUAUCCCAGACCAACUCGUUACUUCUCCCCAUCCCGAAGCACUCAGGACGAACCAGGUGUUCCAAACGUGGCCGGAACUAAAAUAAAAGAUCCUUCUGGAGUGCCUGGCGUAUCUCUCGGCUCUUUGUUUGUUCUUGUUUUCUCUCCUUGUUGUUUUUACAUCGUCGUGUUCCUUCGUUUGUCCUUAGUUCUUUUGCAUCGCCUCACCAACAAUUUUUGUAUUUUCUAGACGUUCUCGUCAUUGAAGCUCUCAUUGUGGAGUAGACAAUACGAGUUUUAAGGUUUUUUCUUGGGACUGGUACUCGGCACGCUGUUAUACCCUUCUUCGUACUCGAAACCGCGAAAAGUUUCUAGACUUAAGUGGAUUCCUGUGCUUUGAUAUCUUGGACUAUCCACAGAUUACUCAGGUGACGCUGUGUGAAACAGUAGUUUCUUUAUUUUUUAGGCGUCUUAAACACUCAGCUUUUUGUGUGUCCCCUGUGCCCCACUCUCUCGCUCUCCUCGUCUUUCUGCCUCGCAUACGCAUCUCUCACGUUUGUGCCGAAAACUACUGAGACUAUACCCGUGAUCCUUUCAUUUCAUUUGGUCUUUUUUCGUUCUUAUGCAUGGUCUUUUGGGAGUAUGGACCUGGAAAGGUGUCUUUAUUACAGUCCUGGGGUUUGUGGUAUUCCUCUGUGUGUCGGCUGCGCCGUACAUGGAGGAUAUGGUGAAGUGGAACCUUAACACGAACAAAACAGCCACAGAAGUUUUGGACUACUCAGGAGAAUGGUCAAACCAUCAGUUCACAGCCAGCCCUUCAAAUUGGCGCAUGAACAUGAUUACGGUCAUUCUUGACCGUUGGUACGAUGGUGAUCCGACAAACAACGACAUUAAUGGUACCUACUACGAAUACGAUAUCCGUGAAACAAGUUUGCGCAACGGUGGAGACAUUAUUGGUUUGAAAAAGUCUCUUGACUACAUUCAAGGCAUGGGCGUUGGCACCAUUUACAUUGCCGGUACACCCUUUAUCAAUAUGCCUUGGGGUGCAGACCAGUAUUCUCCUCUUGAUCUUACCAUUCUUGAUCCCCAUCUUGGUACUAUUGAUGACUGGCGUGACACUAUUGAAGAGAUUCACAGUCGCGGCAUGUAUUUAAUUGUGGAUAUGACUGUAGCAACACUUGGUGAUCUUGUCGGUCUUACUGGUUACUUGAACGGUGCUGUCGACUUCAGUCUUAACGAACAUGACGCUCAAUGGAAGAAUGUUUCGCGCCAAUAUCUUGAUUUCAAAUACCACAAUGUUUGGAACAAGAGUUGUGAACUUCCUCGUUUCUGGGGUGACGAUGGUCAUCCUGUGCAAAUUUUGUGGAAGGGUUGUUAUGUUUCCGACAUUGAUCAAUAUGGUGAUACCGAAGCUUUUGGUUCUUACCCCGAUUGGCGUCGUCAAUUGUCAAAGUUCGCUUCCGUGCAAGAUCGUCUCCGUGAGUGGAACCCUGAUGUCAACAAAAAACUCCGCCAUCUGUCUUGUUUGCUGAUUUCUAUGCUUGAUGUCGACGGUUUCCGUAUCGAUAAGGCUACUCAAAUGACAGUUGAUUUCCUUACGGACUGGUCAAUGAGCGUUCGUGAAUGUGCAAAGAAGUAUAAUAAGAACAAUUUCUUCAUUCCUGGUGAAGUUACUGGUUCUUCUAGUUACGGUGCUAUUUAUUAUGGCCGUGGACGUCAACCUGAUAAUCGUCCCCCUAAUACUACCGUUGCUUUCUCUCUGCAGUCUUCUGAUUCGGACUACUUCCUUCGUGAUGAAACAUAUAACAACAUUGAUGCCUCUGCAUUCCACUAUUCUGUUUAUCGUGGUUUGACUCGGUUUUUAGGCAUGGACAGUGCUAUGGAAAUUUCUUACGAUGUUUCUAAUCAAAUGCCUCAGGCUUGGAAUGGCAUCCAGAUUAAUGAGGAUUUCAUCAAUCCUAACACUGGAAAGCUUGAUCCCAGACAUAUGUAUGGUGUUACAAAUCACGAUCUGUUCCGUUGGGGUUCCAUCCAAAACGGAACUGAACGUUUGAUGCUGGGUACUGUCAUUACUUCGUUGAUGUUCCCCGGUAUCCCUCUUCUUUAUUACGGUGAUGAACAAGGUCUCUAUAUCCUUGAUAACACGGCUGGUAAUUAUUUGUAUGGUCGUCAGCCUAUGAACUCGGCUUGGGCUUGGUAUCUUCAUGGUUGCUAUGGCCUUAACGCGACGCAAUACCCUUCUAUUGAUUUGACUCCUGCGAAGAACGGUUGCCAUGAUGAAUGGAAUAGUUAUGAUCACUUUGAUGUUGCCUCUGAAUAUCGGAAUGCCUAUAUGAACAUUCAUCAAAUUCGCAAUAAGUACGUCGCUCUCUUACACGGUUAUCGCUUCGAUUUAAUCCGUAAUUGGACUGAGGAUGUCUACUUCCCUAACAGUCAGCCUACUCCUACGGUCAUGGGUUUGUACAGUGUGAUUCGUGGCGCUAUGUCUGGUAUCCAAAAUCUAACCGAGUAUGCGGCGGACGGUGUUUCUACUUCCCCUGUUUGGGCUAUCUACUCCAACAGAAAUAACACAGUUACCUGGAGUUACGACUGUGAUAGUUCAAAUGCAAUUCUCGGUCCGUGGGCUCCUGGCAAAGUGGUUAAGAACUUGAUUUAUCCAUAUGAAACUUACACCCUGCAAAAUUCGGCAAAUGGUUCUUGGGGAUGCUUGAGCAGUAUAGAGCUCCCCGCUUACGGCUUUAAGCUCUUUGUUCCUGAAUCCAGCUUUGUUGGUUAUGAUCCCAUUAUCACGAAGGUCACGCCUCAACAUGAUGCGAGAAUUCAAUAUACUAACAACUCGUUUACCUACACAAUUGAGUUUUCUCAACCCAUGAUGUGUGAUGACAUUACGAAGGCACUUUCAUUCAGUUCAUCUACUAUUCCCAAAAACAUUACGGUUACCCUCGAUGAGAGCAGUGUGACAUGUGUUAAUUACACUUCUACUGAGUCUGUCUCUAUGCUCGGUCAAGUUCCUGGAGUAUUUUCCUGGAGUGGUAAGCUUCAGAAUGUUUAUGAAGGUAUUCAUGAAGUUACUCUUAAACCGGUUAGUAAUGCGUGGAAUAAUGGAUCUGUAAAUUCUACAAAUCACUUCCUUUUCCGUGUUGGUUCGACGCUAAACCCUAUGGUGUUCAUGAGCGCUAACUACUCGGACACGCUUAUUUAUGUCGAAGACAGCAAGUAUUAUAUAAAUCACACUGCUGCUGGAGCUGCGAAGUUUCGCUAUUCGUCUGACUUUGCUCGUACUUGGAGUCCUUGGGAAAACUACACUGGCGAACCCACGCAAUACACUCCUAGUAAUUGGACGGGUACUAAAAAGCAAAUGUGGAAGGGUCAACACAUCCAAGUUCAGUACUGGAGUGAUAUAGCAGCCUCAGCAAAUCAUAUGCAAGAAGGCGAUCAUGGAUAUCAAUAUCGUCGGACGGUUCCAAACAUGUUUUUGAUGGGACCCUUUAACGAAUGGGGUUAUGAUUCUGGCGUUUCAAACAAGUUUACUCAAGUGGAUGACGAUACUUGGGAGGUAAACUUCGUUAGUUCCACAUACCCUGCUAUUAUUCAAUUCAACGCAUGGGGAGUUAACUCUGAUAAGGAACCCGAUAAAACUAAAAUUUAUGGUUCACAGGGUAAUACUUCGGCACUUAUGCGUACUGCACCCUCAGAUUUGUCGGCAAACGAAGUAAUUAUUUAUUAUGAUCCAGGUGAUCACUACUUGGCUUAUAAAGUGAAAUUCUAUGAUCACAUGAUGAGAUAUGAACUUGUUCCUGUCGGAAGCUGGACUGUGUCCAUUGUCAUUUACAUCCUUUGCAUCGUCAUUCCCCCGAUCUCGGCCAUCAUUGUCUCCAUGACGUUUAAGGGCUCUUUCUAUAAGGUGAAGUUCAAUAAACAUGGAACUAGCACUGGUCAUCACUUUUUCCCUCUGAAGCCCAUUUCGGGCUUCAAGAAUAUGUUGAAAAAGAGUCAUUCUUCUACUCCCUUUAACCCAGCAAAUGGCGCGGUUGCCGGUACAGCUAAGCGCAAGUGUGUCUUAAUUGCUACCUUGGAGUAUGAUAUUUCUGACUGGCAAAUUAAAAUUAAAAUUGGUGGUUUGGGUGUCAUGGCGCAACUUAUGGGAAAGAAUUUGAAGCAUCAAGAUCUUGUUUGGGUGGUUCCCUGUGUCGGUGACAUCGCUUAUCCUGAGGCUGAAGAAGCUGCCCCUAUUGAGGUCAAGAUUAUUGAUCAAACCUAUACAAUUAACGUUUAUCAUCAUUAUGUGGAUAACAUCAAGUAUGUUCUCCUGGAUGCCCCGGUUUUCAGAAGACAAAAUACUAAGGAACCUUAUCCCGCUCGUAUGGAUGACCUUGGUUCUGCUAUUUUCUACUCUGCUUGGAAUCAAUGUAUUGCAGAGGUUAUUAGACGCAACCCCAUUGAUAUUUAUCAUAUUAACGAUUAUCAUGGUGCUCUUGCUCCCUGCUAUCUACUUCCUGAUGUGAUUCCAUGUGCACUUUCACUCCAUAAUGCAGAAUUCCAAGGUUUGUGGCCUCUUCGCACACCCGAAGAGAAAGAGGAGGUGUGUGCUGUUUAUAAUAUUCCACAACGUGUUUGCAGUAAAUACGUCCAAUUUGGUAACGUGUUUAAUCUUCUUCACGCAGCUGUUUCUUAUAUUCGUAUUCAUCAAAAGGGAUUUGGUGUCGUUGGUGUCUCUAACAAGUACGGAAAGCGUUCCUGGGCUCGUUACCCAAUUUUCUGGGGUUUAAAGAAGAUUGGAAAAUUGCCAAAUCCUGAUCCUACCGAUACUGAUGAUGUUGGAGCAGAUGCUUCAAAAUCGAAGGUUACUGUUGAUCCCGACUUUGAGCGUCAGAAGCUCGUUGAUAAGAAAAUGGCACAGGAAUGGGCAGGAUUAGAGGUUGACGAGAGUUAUGACUUGUUGGUAUUCGUCGGUCGCUGGUCUCUUCAAAAAGGUAUUGAUCUUAUUGCUGAUAUUGCGCCUUCGUUGCUGGAAAAUUACAAGGUUCAGCUUCUCUGUGUUGGUCCUGUUAUUGAUUUGUACGGAAAGUUUGCUGCCGAAAAGUUAAGUGUGUUAAUGGAACAUUAUCCAACCCGUGUCUUCUCUCGGCCACAAUUUACCCAAUUGCCUCCUUACAUUUUCAGUGGUGCUGAUUUUGCUCUUAUUCCUAGUCGUGAUGAACCUUUCGGCCUCGUUGCCGUCGAGUUUGGAAGAAAGGGUGCUCUUGGUAUUGGUGCUCGUGUAGGUGGUCUCGGUCAAAUGCCAGGUUGGUGGUUUACAGUGGAAUCCACUGCUACGCAACAUCUUUUGAGACAGUUCGAAACUGCAUGUCAACAAGCGCUUUCUUCUUCUCAAAAUACGCGUGCACUCCUUCGUGCUCGUUCGCUGAAGCAACGGUUCCCAGUGUCUGAAUGGAUUGCCAAGUUGGAGGCUCUUACCGAGGGCUGUAUCAAGGCUAGUAUUAAGUGCAGAAAAUCUGGAAAGUCUCGUUCUUCGUUUUAUUCUUUGACACAUGAAUCUGUUAGUCGCUCUUCUGAAGGUUUGCACACAAUAAAUGAGCCAAAUUCUUCAGCUACAAGUGUCAGCUCAACAGUUGCACCUACAGAUUCUGCACAACACUUGUUUAGUUCAUUUACGCCAGCUGCAGACUCGUCAGAGACUAAUGUGUCAGAUAUUGAGAAGCUUUCUAGAUCUUUGUCUCUUGGACGACGCACUGGUCCAGCACAUCAAUCUGAUGAGCCUGCGGUUGAAGGACUAGAUGCUAUUCGGGAAGAGAAUUUUGAGGAUAUUGAGGAGCCUGACAUCUGGAAUGCCGAUGCUAUUCGUGACAAGAUUGCAAGCCAUUACAGGGAUUCGCAGACACCUUCUGAGUUCAGCCAAGACUCCGCGGACUUCGAGUUUGAUCCUCAAAAACCUUACUUUUAUGAUGACCUUUUGGAUGAUGAAACUGUUAUACGUAAUGCGCCAUCGUUCCGCCCACAGGUUGGCAAUUUUGAUGGUGAGCAUGGACUUGGAGCAACUGUCAGUCAAGAUGACUCAACUGAGGGCUCGAAGGGUAGUGAUGUGCACUUGCCUCCCCCUUCUCCUCCUUUUGCAAAGUCGCCAUCCGGAGGUGGUAAUCCUUACAUGUAUGGAAACUUGCAUACUGAGUCUAGUCUUAGUCUUGCGUCAGUCAUGACUGGUAAGGAGAAGAAGGACUUUGCCCUCACGAAGGUGGAACAGACAUUUACGGAUAGCGAUGGUCAUGCUUUACAGAAAUUCAGUGAGAAACUGAAGGAACUGAAUCCGAAGAAUUCUAAGGACGAUUUGUGUAUUGAGUUGUUCCUUUUGAAGUCGGAGAAACAUUUCUACGAAGCUCGCCGUGUUCAGAAACUUGGUUUGCAAAAGCCAAGCAAGCCACAUUUUAAUGAAACUUCGGUACACCCUGUGGAAGAGGAGUCUGAUUCUAAUAGCAGUGGGUUGUCCUACUCGCAGCUUUCUCAGUCUCCUAAUGAUUCCAUGGACUUUGUUGACACCGACACUUAUCAACCGGUAACUGGAAUCAAGAAGUUUAUGCAACGGAAGAUUCUUGGAUGGCCUAUAUAUUCUAUCAUCGUUGCUCUUGGUCAGAUUCUUGCAGCGACUUCCUAUCAGUUGACUCUGUUCUCGGGAAGUUAUGGUUUAGAAACUUCUCAACUGUACGCGGUUUGCGGCUUUUUCAUUGUUGCGUCUUUAUUCUGGUGGUUCGGAUUCUCUAAGUACCCUAGUCGCCAUUGCCUUUCUUUGCCUUUUGUUUUCUACGCAAUUGCCUUUUUCAUGAUCGGUCUUCCUGCUUUCAAUGGAGUAUACAAGGGAAGAUAUUGGAUUUCGUGCGUUGCUGCAUGGAUUUAUUCCAUUGGUUCCUCUAGCGGUUCCUUGUUCUUCGCAUUGAAUUUUGGUGAUGAGGGACAUGUUGAGACACGCACAUGGGUUUUCCGCGCUUGUCUCGUACAGGGAACUCAGCAAGUUUGGUCUGCGGCUAUCUGGUAUUGGGGUGCAUAUUUGAGUAAAGCGAACACCAGUCUUACGGCGAACUACAAGAUUUCGCCCGUAAUCCCUGCUAUUACCUGGCCUUUGGCUUGUUUGUCUGUGCUGUUUUUCUUCAUGUUACGUAAUGGCCUUCCUGAUUACUAUUACCAACUUCCUGGAAAGAUUCCAGCCUUCUAUACGGCUCUGUUGAGACGUAAGCUGGUAAUUUGGUUCUGUAUUGCAGUUUUCUUGCAAAACUUCUGGCUCUCUACGCUUAAUGGUCGCUCUUGGACUUAUCUUUGGGCUAUUUCUGAAAUUCCCCAAUGGCAAAUCUUCAUUUUGGUUGUCGUGUUUUAUAUCAUCAUUUGGGCAGCUCUAUUAGCUCUCCUUGGUUGGGUUUCAGGCACACACUCUUGGUUGAUUUGUGUUUUCGGUGUUGGUCUUGGUGCUCCUAGAUGGCUUCAAAUUUUCUGGGGUACGUCUAAUAUUGGACUUUAUCUUCCAUGGGCUGGUGAUGCAGGUCCCUAUUUGGGACGUUGCUUGUGGCUGUGGUUGGGUGUGCUCGAUGCUAUUCAAAGCGUCGGUAUUGGUAUGAUUCUACUUCAGACCUUGACCCGUAAGCAUGUUGCCAGUGCAUUGAUGACAGGACAAAUCAUCGGUGCCGUUGCGACCAUUAUUGGAAGAGCGGGUGCCCCUAACAGAGUCGGCCCUGCCAACGUUUUCUUGGAUUUCACUGGCUGGAAUCCGGGAGACGGUGCUCAUGUAUUGGCAAGUGCGCCAUUUUGGAUUUGCUUGUUCUGUCAACUCGCCAUUUGUGCUGGUUUCUUGUUGUUCUUCCGUCGGGAGAAUUUGAGCAGACCUUGAGCAAGGAUGACUAAUAACCUUAUACCUAGUUUUUAUGUGUUUCCCAUUUCCGCGAUUGUUACCUGUUACAUUAAUAACGUUUCUUGGUCAAUCUGAUACACUCAUUUUUGAUUCACGCCCUUUACAAAAAGCAUCACAUAUUUUUC